GGGAGGCACCUGCGCCCACUGCAGGGACCGGCAGCAGGAAGAGUCUCCUGGAUACGGUGUCACAUGGCCCUGAGCUGUCGCACGGAUAAGUGAUUAGGCAUUAAUCAGGCGCUAAUGUCUCCGCUCGCCGGGCUCGCCGGGCCUUAUCUCCGGCUGCGCCCGAUGGCCCCCGCGCAGAGGCCCAACUUUUUCCCUCCGUGGAACCCAGAUUUCCUCGCAGCCUCGCGGCCGUGGCAGGGAGACCAUCACUCCCCAACAGUCACCCCGCUGGCACCAUCUCUUCCUGAGAUGUGCCAGAAGCCAUUUAGGCACAGUCAUGUGACCCCACAUAGGGCCUCCCCGGUGACAGCGACGGUGGCCCUGCCCCACCCCGGCAGGUCGGGGCGGGGGGCAGGGGGCUGCCACAGAGCCUCCUGGAGGCUACCAAGCCUGCGCCCUGCGGUGGCCAAGGUCUCCGGCCGCUGUGGCCACCACUUCCCCCACCAGGCAGGACGGCCAGCCCGGGCCUGUUCCUGCUCCUGAGUGUGUGUGUCAGGGGCAGGGAGGGCUCCCCCCAUCUGCUCUCUGGGCUCCCCAACCCAGCACAGGGGAGGCCGUGGCCCCCCGAUCCUCCAACGCCCGCCACCCCCUCCCCAGCCUGCAGCUAAGCCAGGUUGCACACCAACACGGCCCUCUCCACACCCCCACCCCUCGUGGAAGGAAGCAGGCCAGGCUGGGAUCCCGGCAUGCGAGCUGGCAGCCGUGGACUCGUGGGCGUCACCCCUGCCACGGCCACCCUCGGCUGUAACCGGAGCCACCCACGGAGCCUCGGUCCGCAGUGACUCUCUGUGCAGCCCCCCCGGGGCUUGGUCCCCAAACGGCCCUGCCCGCCCCCGUCCUCGCUUCACUUGCCUCCUCUGGUGUCGUCCUCUCUUCUGACCUCGGCUCCCGAUAUUAAGAGUUGGGUGCUCCCGUUUGUGGCCCGGCCAUCAGGUGGGCUCCACUGGCCGCCUACAACCUGGCCCAGGUGUUUGGGGCCGCAGGGUCCGGGGCCUUCCCAAGGCCCGUUCCCUCAGUGCCCACACCCCCUCCCCGUGUGGGACAGUGGCCUGUCCGGCCUGGCAGUGGAGCCCCCCGCCCGGGUGUGGGCACUGCCCAGCCGGGAGGAGCCGCUGGGAGCUCCAGUUGCACGCGCCGACCCACCUCUGGGAGCCUGCGCGUCCAGGACAGUGGGGCUGUGCGGGGUGUGUUCAGGGCAGCCAGGCCACAGCUGUCGGUGUGCCCUGGUGUGCGCCAGGCACGUGCCAGGAACUGCCAUUUAUCAGCGGCCUCCAGAGCUGGCGCACAGACGUGGAGGCCCGGGGGGCCCGCCUGGCGGCAAAUCCUUGUCGGGGUCUCCCGCAGGAAUGGAGCAGCCCCAGGGCAGGGCCUUCGAGCCGGUCCCCUUCUCUCCCCCGGAGCAGGGCCCAGCCGCAGGCUUGCUCACUGUGCCUUUGGGGGGUGACACACCCUGUCCCUUGGCACUCUGGGGGGUGGGUUCCCUCCCCCAAACAUUCACAAGAGGAGAAGACCCCCCCCAGGUCUCAGCAAGUGCAUGCAGCUGCCAGGCCGGGUGCCCAGCCCCCUCCCACCCGAGACCUGAACCCGCUGCCGAGCUGCGUUGCGAUCUGAGGGAAGAUCCUCAGCUCUGGGUGCCCGCCCUCAUGCGUUCACCUGCGUUCACUACCUACUGUGUACCUGGGCCGAGUCCCAGGCGUCGUGCUGUGCGUGACCCCUCCUGUCUCCCUACGAGGUACUGGUGACCCAGGCCUGCCUUGACCCCACAGGCUCCGACUCUUCAGGCUGAGGUGCCAGGGGUGUGGGCAUUGUUCUGUGGGUGGUUUGGGGGUACUGCUCUGGCUGAGGACCCCCAGGUGGGGUGGCCCUGGUUGGGGCCUGGCCCCAGGACAGCAGGGCCCAGAGUGGGGAAGGGAUGGUCUCAUGGGCAGCAGGAGUGACCGAGCCCAAGGCCCCCAGCCUUCAUCUCCGAGCUGGUGUUUUUCAAACUUCCCCAGUUGUGAGUCAUCCAGGGUGCCAUACCCAUACGAGGCUUCUGGCCUCUGUGACCCACACCCCACCCCGGGAGGGUGGGACUCCAGCUUCUGAAGCCAGCCAGUCAAGAAUCCCAGCAGGCCGGUCCCCGGGCAGGAGAGCAGGCUCGCUCCCUCCCAGGCGCACCCGUCGUCCAGGAUGGAGGCUCGGCCACUGAUGGCUGGUCCUGGGGAGGGUCCCUGGACAGACAAGGAUGGACACCUGUUCCAGGUCCGGCCUCUUUGGCCUGCCCCUGUCGGCUCCGCUGCCCCAGCCAGAGGACCUGCCCGUCAACGGCUGCCACGGCCCGGCCCCCUUGGAGCAGGACGGAGAGGCGAUGCAGCUGGGGACCGGCCCGCCGCCCCCUCCCUGCGGGGACCAGCCCCCCGAGACCACCGGCCCCGAGCCGCCCCCGCCCCUCGUGCCGCCGUUCCCGCCGUACUUUGAAGGCGCCCCCUUCCCUCCCCCGCUCUGGCUGAGAAGCACCUACCGGCAGUGGGUCCCGCAGCCGCCGCCCCGGACCAUCAAGAGAACCCGCCGGCGCCUGUCCCGGAACCGCGACCCAGGUCGGCUCGCCCUGAGCCCCAUUCGCCUGCGGCCGCGCCAAGUACUCUGUGAGAAGUGCAAGAGCACUCUGAGCCCCCCCGAGGCCAGCCCCGGCCCCCCGGCUGCCCCUCGGCCCCGCAGGAGGGGGGGCAGCGGCCCCGGCCCCGACAGGGAGCCCCAAAAGCUCGAGGACCCUGACGGCGGCGGUGGCGGCGAUGCCACGGCCACAGCGAGGAGGAGCAAGAGAGAGAGGCGGGAGGAGGACGGGGCGCCGGUGGCCCGCAGCCCGGCCAUCAAGAUCUCGUACAGCACCCCGCAGGGCAAGGGCGAGGUGGUGGAGAUCCCGUCGCGCGUGCACGGGUCCCUGGAGCCCUUCUGCCCGUCCCAGGCCCCCCACGGCACUGGCCACGACCCCCGCGGGCCCCCCGCCUGCAUCCCCAAGCUGAAGCUGACGCGGCCCGGGCCCCCCGGCCCCGGCCUGCCGCCCCCCAAGAUCCGCCUGAAGCCCCACCGCCCGGGGGCCGGGGCGCGGGAGCCCGUGUACCGGGCCGAGCUGGUGGAGGCGCUCAACGGGCGCGGGCGAGGCCCCCGGGCCGGCUCCCCGACGCUCCCGGGCCACGGCACUGCGGGCGGCGGGGCUGCCGACUCGUCCUCCGGGAGCUCUGGCGAGGACGAGGACUUCAAAGGGUGUCCCCAGGGUCCACGCGGGCCCGAGAGCCUGGCCUUCCUGGCCGCCUGCCCCAGGAGGGGCGCAGACUGUGCCAGCGAGUCCGUGUGGAGCAGCGACAGCCUGGACGAGUCCAAGUCGUCCAGCUCGGAAGUAACGUCACCAGACACCUGUGACCUUUCGUCCGGGGACGGCGCGUCCAUGCGGUCCUCAUCCAAGGACACGAGGCCGACCGUGCCGCCCCUCACGGUCCGGCUGCACACGCAGAGCGUCUCCAAGUGCGUGACUGAGGACGGGAGGACGGUGGCCGUAGGGGACAUCGUGUGGGGUAAGAUUCACGGCUUUCCUUGGUGGCCCGCACGCGUCCUGGACAUCAGCCUCAGCCAGAAGGAGGACGGGGAGCCCUCGUGGCAAGAAGCGAAAGUCUCGUGGUUCGGCUCGCCCACUACGUCGUUCUUGUCCACUUCAAAGCUCUCGCCUUUCUCCGAGUUUUUCAAACUGAGAUUUAACCGCAAGAAGAAGGGCAUGUACCGGAAGGCGAUCACGGAGGCCGCCAACGCCGCGCAGCACGUGGCCCCCGAGAUCAGGGAGCUGCUAACGGAGUUUGAGACGUAACGCGGCCCAGCAGGAACGUGCUGAGAAGGGACGAGGGCCCCACAGCGAGCAUCUGGCGAGGAAGCUGACCUGGACUGGGGAUCCGGGAAGGCUUCCUGGAAGAGGUGACAUAUGGCUGAGCGCGAACGGUCGUCGACGAUGAGGGCGCGGCCGUCCUGGAGCCUCCGACUUCGGGGGUGCCCUCCACACCCCCAUUCUGCCCGAGGGACCCCGCGUGCCUUCUGGCCAGCCUGCUUCCGGGUGCCCCAGGGAGGAGCACAGAGCCCAGGAGCACCGCGGCUCCUCCCUCCCCACACGUCAGCUCUGGCUUGUGAAGUUCCAGGAGCCCCGCGACGACGACGGGCUUGCUCCGUGCGCUUGAGAACCAGGGGGCCCACCUCCCUGCAUUCCUCCCAAAGUGGGGUCCCGCCUGGCGCCCAGCACCGCCGUCAGGACCCCUCGCGGGGGCUCCCCGGGCCACGGGCCUGCGACGGCGCCAUGUGGAGCACGUUGAGACUCCGGAAGGAACGCAGCCUGGCUCCUCUCUCCUUUCUGUCACUUUAAAGACCAAAAACACCAAAAAGAAAAUGAAAGAAACAGAAA